AUGCUGGUUGAGCUCAAGAACGGCGAGACGCUGAAUGGCCACCUGGUCAAUUGCGACACGUGGAUGAACCUGACUCUCAAAGAGGUCGUCCAGACGAGUCCCGAAGGCGACAGGUUCUGGAGGCUUCCCGAAGCUUAUGUCAGAGGAAACAAUAGCUGGCGCGGGAAUCGCAACAGCAGAAUCAGCAAGGUGGUCACGGCCAACGGGGACGGGGAGGUCAGGGGCAUCGCGGAGAUCAGGGUGGUAGGGGGGACAGAGGUCGCGGCCAAGUGA